GUUAAAUGCCCGCCUGGCCGCCUCCAAGAGCCGCAGACAAUCGUAAAGAGAGAGGAAAGAGGGCUCCUGAUACUUUUGCUAACUGCAAACUGGAUGAUCGGGCAGGCAAAGCCAAAGGGAGCCGAACAAAAAAGCCUCCAGACGAUGGAGACCUCCCGACCUCUGGCUCCAGCCGUCAGCGCGCCUCUCUUAGCCGGGACAGCAGCUGCACAAAGGGGACCCCAGUAAAUCUCUUUCUCUGAACUUAGAGAAAAAGGGAGGAGAGCACACUUUUCCCUCCCCUUUUGGCAACAAAAAAGCAACAAAAGGAGCGAGGGGGAAGAAAGGAAAGAGCGGAAUCCUCAGGAUGACUGGCGUCUUCGACAACUUGGCCUCCGACAUGCACGCCAACCAGAUUGCCUCCAGCAGCUACCACCAGCACCACCCGCACGGCCUGCACAAGCCCCAGGAGUCUCCCACGCUACCCGUGUCCACGGCCACCGACAGCAGCUACUACACCAACCAGCAGCAGCAACACGGAGGAGGAGGAGGUGGGAGCAGCGGGUCCCCUUACCCUCCGAUGGGCUCCUACCAGUACCACCCCAACGCGGGGCCCUUCUCCACCAAAGCCGGCAGCUACGACCUGGGCUACUCCGCCACCGCUUACAGCCCCUACGCAGCCUAUGGGGCCAGAACAUCUCCAGCCAGCAACGAGCCCGGCGAGAAAGAGGACGCGGAGCCCGAGGUCCGCAUGGUCAACGGGAAGCCGAAGAAGGUGAGGAAGCCGCGCACCAUCUACUCCAGCUUCCAGUUGGCCGCCUUGCAGCGCCGCUUCCAGAAGACCCAGUACCUGGCGCUGCCGGAAAGGGCCGAGCUGGCCGCCUCCUUGGGACUCACCCAGACGCAGGUGAAGAUCUGGUUCCAGAACCGCAGGUCCAAGUUCAAGAAGAUGUGGAAAAGCGGCGAGCUGCCGGCGGAGCAGCACCCGGGCGCCGCCGAAGGCUCCCCUCCGCCCUGCUCGUCUUCUCCUUCGCCCUUGGCCUGGGACUUCGCGCCUCAUCCGCAACGGGUCGUUAAUGGCGGCGGCGGAGGAGGAGGAGGAAGCAGCAGUAAUGGCGGCGGCGGGAGCAGCGCGGGGUCGAGCCCUGGCGCCCCCACCACCACAGCCGCAGUAGCAGCAGCGGCGGCGGCGGCAUUCUUGGGCAACUAUUCGUGGUACCACCAGGCGUCCCACUUGCAAGGAGCCUCCACCAUUCUGCCUCCUCCUCAGCAAGGGCAGCCUCACCAGCACCACCCUCAUCACCUCCAUCAUCACCACCAUCACCACCACCACAGCGCUGCCGCCCUCAGCGCAGGAACGAUCUUCUAACUCCCUCCGAGGGGGGCUAAGAUGGCGGAGAAGAGAGUGACACACACACAAAGAAACCCAUUUGGGGCGUUUGCUGAGGGACCAAACCAGUGUCACUCUGGAGGAAUUCAACUCCAUCUUGACAGGACCCGGGGUCCUUCCCUCACGAUUUGGGCCCUCAUGAGGGUCUCCCAAGGCAAACACAAACAGACUGGAUUUACACUGUCAUAUAAUGCACUUUGAACUGAAUUAUAUGCUCAGUGUAGACUCAGGCAUGGGCAAACCUCGGCCCUCCAGGUGUUUUGGACUUCAACUCCCACAAUUGUAGGAGUUUAAGUCCAAAACACACGGAGGGCCGAAGUUUCCCAUGCCUGGUAGAGCCAUAUAACGCCAUUCAUAUUGCAUUAUAGGAGUCAACUACACUGAUGAUUUAAUGCAGUUCAAACUGCGUUAUAUGGCAGUGUACACCUAGUCCCUUUCUAGACUGCUAUAUAAUCCAGGUUAUCAAAGCAGAUAAUCUGGAUUUAUAUGGUAGUGUAGAAGGGGCCUAGGGGCCCUUCCACACAGCCAUAUAACCCAGAAUAUCAAGGCAGAAAAUUUCAUAAUAGCUGCUGUGAACUGAGUUAUCUGAGUCCACACUGCCAUAUAUUCCAGUUCAAAGCAGGUAAUGUGGGAUUUUAUUUAGCUGUGUGGAAGGGGCCUUAGUCACAGUUUCAGAUCAGGAUACCAUAGUGUAAUGGUUUGAGUAUUAGACUCUGGGUGCAUCUAGAUUGCAAUUAAUCCAGUUUUGACUCCACUUUAACUGCCAUGGCUCAACGUUAUGGCAUCCUAAGAGCUGUAGUUUGGUAAGACCCCCAGCACUCUCUGGAAGAGAAGGUUUGUAAAAAUGCCCUGACUUCAUAGCAUUGAGCCAUGGCAGUUAACAAUGGAGUUAAGCUGCAUUCAUUCAUUCAUUCAUACAUACAUACAAUGUAGCCUUCCCCAGUUAUUUAAUUAGAUUUGUUCUGAUAUUUUUCCGGCAUCUGAGAACAUUUCCAGGUUAGAUCUAUGUCCAAACACUUUCUCCAUAAAUUCUCUCAGAAUGCAAGAGGGUUUUUGGAAUACCAAGCUGCUACCAAAUCCCUUUUCAUUGUGAUAUUUCAAUCCAACAUGGCCGUGUCUUUGAAUUCUCUUUCUAUCGAAUUCAUGCAGCUUGACCCCACUUUAUUUGCCAUGGCUCAAUGCUAGGGGAUCAUGGGAAUUAUAGCUUAGUGAGGCAUCCACACUCUUUGGCAGAGAAGACCAAAGCUACAAUUCCUCUGAUCCUAUAGCAUGGAGUCAUGGCAGUUAAAAGUGUCAAACUGCACUAAUUCUACAAUUAAGGGUUCUUCCACACAGCCAUAAAACCCAGAAUAUCAAGGCAGAAAAUCCCACAAUAUCUGCUUUGGAAACUGAGUCCACAGUUCCAUAUACAGUAUUUCAGUUCAAAGCAGAUAAUUUGUGAUUUUAUUCAGCUGUGUGGAAGGGACCAUAGAUGUGCUCCUCCUCACCCGCUUCUCUAGCUCCAUCCUCUGCUAUCUUACAUCCAUUUACACAUGAGCAAUGCCCAUUGAACUCUAUGGGACUUCCUUCAGAGUAGACGUGGUACCCACCCUAGCAGAGUCAGUAACAACCUUCAGAAAAUAUUUGCUCCCUUUAAGCGUUCAAACGACAUUAAUUCGAAUUCACUCUUCUCUCAUUCCUCAUCAAAUCACCAGUGCAGAAUUUCAUAUUUAAUUUUGUUUAUUUUUGUAAACGUUUUUAUAGGUGCCUUUGCAGAUGACCUCAUUUUGAUGUUUGGGGGGGGGGGGAGGGAGAGAGAAAGAAUUUUUAUAUGUAGAUAUUUAAAAUGAAAAAAAAAAACUCCGCUGUGUUUAAAUUAUCUUUUUUAUGUUUGCGGGGCUUUUCUUCACGGGGGAAGAGUAUGUUUGUAAUAAAGCUGUUUUGUGCUGAUCUUCUUCUCCCACCCGAGUUCCUUGUAUAAAAAAUGUGGUGGGAGGGAAAUGGUCCAUUGGGCGGCCUGUACUUCUUUCUUUUAUGUGUUAAGGGCAUAAUUUUCCCUUUUCCCCUUCCGUAAACAUUUCCUUAUUCUGUUUUAUGCCUUUCUUCUUCGAUGUCAAAAAGAACCAGACUUGUCCCAAUUCGUGGUUUAAACUUUUAAAACGAUACAGGUAUUUUCCGUUUUUAUAUAAUUUAUUGCAAAAAGAACAAUUCCUCAAUGUUACUUUUACAAUAUGAAGAGAUUAUUUAAAUAAAUUAUUGUUUGCGCCAUA